GUUUCCACAUCUUUUAGUUCUCUCUCACACACACCCUCCAAACUUCAAAACCGAACUGCUCUCUUCAAACCCUUAAACAGAACUGCCUGGAGCUCUUUUUUUCCUCUGCACUCUAAGACUUGGCUCCUCCCAUCUGCUCUGGUUGGCCAAUCCUAGGAGUCUCUCUCUAAGCUCCUCCCCCUUUCUAACCACACUCAAGAUGGCUGCCUGGCAUUCCUCAACAAAAUGGAUGCCUGCCUCACUCACUGUUACCAAGGCUUUAUUCCUGGCCUAAUAGCUGGAAUUGAGAUUGAUGGAUACGUGGGAAGUGACUCAGAUAGUGAAGAUGAGGAGGAGGAAGAAGAGGAAGAGGAGGAGGAUGAAAAGAUAGAUAGAAAGCAGAAUGCACAGGAAAUGGCAAAGGCAAAGAAAAAGCAUGAUGAGAGGGAUGCUGAUGAUGAAAGUGAAGAAGAGGAAGAAGAGAGCUCCAGGAGGAAAAAAACAAACAAGAAGAAAAACCAGAAAGCUGGUACAAGCGGAGGAGGAGAAAGUGAGGCAGAAGAAACCGGAAAGGGGAAGGAAAGGGCUGGCAAAAAAAUGCCUGGCAAAGAACAAAAGGGAGAAAGCAAAGACAGACAAGCAAACAAGAAAGCAAAGGGGAAGGAGAAAAAGAAAAAGAACACCAGUGGGAGUUCCUGCUCAUCUGCUGCCAGCUCUUCAGAUGAAGAAUCACUAUGUGAAGAAGAACUAGCCAAGCUAAAAGAACAGGUGGAAGAUAAGAAAAAACUCAUAUCUGUUAUGAGAAACAAACCUUGGCGGAUGGUAAAGAAAUUACAGAUGCUGAGGGAGGCUCAAGAUUUUGUGGAAAAAUUUGAAGGAGCCUUGGGAAAGGGCAAAGGAAAAAAGUUAUAUGCCUAUAAAAUGAUGAUGGCCAAGAAAUGGGUCAAGUUUAAGAGGGAUUUUGACAAUUUUAAGACACAAUGUAUACCUUGGGAAAUGAAGAUAAAAGAAGUGGAAAGUCAUUUUGGAUCUUCAGUGGCCUCCUAUUUCAUAUUUCUGCGAUGGAUGUAUGGGGUAAACCUAGUCCUAUUUGGAUUAAUAUUUGGAUUAGUUAUAAUACCUGAGAUAUUAAUGGGUGCAUCAUAUGGAAGUAUCCCCAGAAAAAUCGUACCCAGGGCUGAGCAACCAACUGCUAUGGAUUUCUCUGUUCUUUGGGAUUUUGAGGGCUACAUAAAACAUUCUGCUCUUUUCUAUGGCUAUUACAAUAACCAGAGGACAAUUGGUUGGCUAAAGUACAGGCUGCCAAUGGCAUAUUUCAUGGUUGGAGUUGUCGGUGUAUACGGAUACAGCUUGAUGGUGGUUAUAAGAUCGAUGGCCCGUAAUGCCCAUGAAGACACAGGAGAUGGAGAUGAGGCAAACUUCACUUUUAGCUGGAAAAUGUUCACUAGUUGGGAUUACCUCAUAGGCAAUCCGGAGACCGCAGACAACAAGUUUGCAUCUAUUACAACUAGCUUCAAGGAGUCGAUUGUGGAUGAGCAAGAAAGCAACAAAGAUGAGAACAUCCACUUGAGAAGGUUCCUGAGGGUUUUGGCCAAUGUACUUAUAACAUGUUGCUUAUGUGGUAGUGGCUACCUCAUUUAUUUUGUCGUUAAGCGUUCCCAGACUUUUUCAAAAAUGCAAAAUAUUGGCUGGUAUGAAAGAAAUGAGGUUGAAAUAGUGAUGUCCUUGCUUGGAAUGUUUUGCCCUCCACUGUUUGAAACCAUUGCUGCCUUAGAAGACUACCAUCCUCGAAUUGGACUAAAAUGGCAAUUAGGACGUAUUUUUGCUCUUUUCCUUGGGAACCUAUAUACUUUCUUGUUGGCUUUAAUGGAUGAUGUCAAGGAAAAGUUGACUGAAGAAGGUGUGAUAAGGAACAUAACACACUGGACCUACUUCACAUAUCACAAUGUAACUGCAGGAAAUGGAAGUGCUGUUACUCCACCUCCCAUGGAUCCAGCAGAUGUACCUCGAGGACCUUGCUGGGAAACAACUGUGGGAAUAGAAUUCGUGAGGCUCACUGUGUCUGAUAUAUUGGUGACAUUUGUUACAAUACUUGUGGGGGACUUCCUCAGAGCUUGCUUUGUCAGAUUUGUAAACUAUUGCUGGUGCUGGGACCUAGAGGCUGGCUUUCCUUCCUACUCGGAGUUUGACAUUAGUGGUAAUGUGCUGGGCUUGAUUUUUAACCAAGGAAUGAUCUGGAUGGGAUCCUUCUAUGCCCCAGGACUUGUGGGAAUAAACGUCUUGCGUCUUUUGACCUCCAUGUAUUAUCAGAGUUGGGCUGUGAUGAGCAGCAAUGUUCCCCAUGAGCGAGUAUUCAAGGCAUCCAAAUCUAAUAAUUUUUAUAUGGGGCUUUUGCUGUUAAUCCUGUUCCUCAGUGUGUUGCCGGUCGCCUACACCAUAAUGUCUCUGCCCCCUUCUUUUGACUGUGGUCCAUUCAGCGGAAAAAAGAAAAUGUAUGAUGUCAUUCAAGAGACCAUCAAAAAUGACUUUCCACCCCUUGUAGCCAAGAUAAUCGGUUAUUUAGCAAACCCAGGACUGAUUAUAACUGCAAUUCUGCUUAUGGUUCUUGCUAUAUAUUAUCUCAAUGCUGUGGCUGAAGCAUAUCAACAUGCCAAUGCAGAGCUGAAGAAGAAAAUGUUGAUGCAACGGGAAGAUGAGAAAAACAAGAAGAAUAACAAAGCUUCUACCAACCCAGCACUGCAAGAUCUAGAAGAUUUGCUUGUCUCACAUGUGAAGACCACGGAAGAGCCUAAACCAACAGAAGCGAACAAACCCGAAUCUGCCAGUUCUGCAAUGAAGGAUGUAGCCAGAAACAGUAAUUCUAACACUGCCAGAGGUGUCAAUGAGAAACCUCAUGUGGUAGUAACUCGGCCACCAACUUCAAGGACAGCAGAGGUCCCUUACUCAAAUCAACCAAGAUCUGGGCCUUAUCCAAAGGGACCUCAACUUGGAAUGGGAAGAGGCAAGACUCAUUAGCAAUUGGACAGUAGCUGCUAUACUAGUACUUUAUUAGUAAGUUUGUAUUUAUUUAUAGCAUUUAUAUUCCACCCUUCUCACCCUGAAGGGAACUCAAGAGUGGAUAACAACCCAAACAUUCAAUGCCAUUUAGACAUACAGGACAAAGAGAUAGAGGUAUAUGAGCAUUUCUCCAACUUCGGCGCCUGGAGGUUAUGCUCGAUUCAGGCCACAGGGGAUGCUGUCGCUCCAUCCGAAGUGUUUUCACUCCUUGUUCUUUGAUCACUGGCAUUUAUUAUGACGCCGUAAAAUACCUCCCCGCUUAAGCGGUGCCUAAUUUCUCUAGUCACAGCACAACUGUUUUUGAACCGCUUAGGUAGACAGUGAGCUGGGCUGAUGGGGCUUCGAACUGCUGACCUUCUAGUUGGCAGUAAUUUAUUGCUGUUGAUUAACCAACUGUGCUAAAGCCUGGCGUUAGCACAGCUAAACUGUAGUCUGUCCUAUCUUGAGACUAUGCUUUUUUGUAAAAUUGAGAUAUCAUAUCCAGAUAGAAACAUGUGCAACUGGACAACUAGAAACAGCUUCAGGGCUCAUCCCAAAAUUGCUGAAAUAGGGUGAAUUGUAAUGUAGGGGGAGAGAUCCUCCCAACCAAGCAACCUCUAAAAUGUAUUUAAAUAUACAGUGAGGCUCCUUCCCCUGCCUCCAAAAAAAUACAAAAAGUAAACCUUGGCUUUGUUUUUUAUACAAAGAACUAUACCAUUCUACUAUACUAUUAUAUAUAAUGGGACUUUCUCAUCCAUAAGUUUGUGUAUCCACAUAGGGAAGGGAAUCCUGGAAUCAAACCCCAGUAGAUAUCAAAGGACUACUACUGUAUUUAUGAAAACUCCAAUGAAAAUGCCUUUGUUAAGCUCCUAAAAGGAAUAGUUCAUUUUAAUGGGAAGAUUCACCAAUUUAACACUUAGAAUAGCAGACAUAGUGAAGUGGGUAAAAUGUGUUCUUAGUUUAAAAUACUUUUCUAGCCUCUAAUCCUAUGGCUUGCAUCGAAACUGAAGACUAGACUAGACUGAGCUAUUCAAUUCCCAUUAUCCCAACACAAUAUAGCCGAAGUCCAUGAAUGAUGGCAAUUGCAGCCCGACACCAUCAAACGCAGGGCCAUGAAAAUUUACAUUAACAUCUCUGCAGUUAAUGACAAAGCAAGAACACACAAGACCAUUUUAGGGCUACAAAAAACCAAUUCUAAGAAAAUCUUCCUUUGAACAGAUGUCACUUUCUUUAGUUUGUGUACAUUGUUUUCCAUUUAACUCAAAUUCUUGAGAAAUUAUGCAUUUGGUCAUCUACCUUUUCCACACACCUGGCAUACAUUCCAAUAUCAAAUUAUGUAUCUAUAGAAGAUUGUUUCUGCAAACAAAUUUGUAUAAUUACCAGAGCCCUCUGAAGCUCAAAUCCUGGACAUCUUUCCAAGGGAAUAAGUUUCAUUAAGCUCAACACAACUAAACCCCUUUUCUAUUAAAUGUUUUGUUGCAAAAACGUUUUCUGUGUACUGUUUCAUGACAAUGACCUUCAUUUUUUACUCUUUAAAGAGUAUAUAUUUAUAUCUAGUCUCCCUCAGGUGUGAAAUUGUGUCCCUGUCUUUCCUAGAAUCAGCUUAAAAUAAUGAGGAAAACCUAUAAUGUAAGUCAAAGGAAGCUAUGCGGUAAGUUUCUUGAUUUUGCAAUGGCUACCCUAUCACAGUCUAUAUACAUUUUUUUAAAGUGGGCUUUCAAAUCUGACAAAUGUAAGUUCUUUGAUAGUUUGUAUGACUCUAGGGGCAGAAAACUGCUCCCACCAAAAGUACUUUUAUAAAUGGUUUAACAGGGUUUCAGUGAAAUACUUGUGAAAGUCACCCAACAAAAAUAUUAUAAUAAAUAAUUUAUAGACCGCCCUCUCUGUAAUAAAUUAUUUAUAGACCGCUGGGUCCAUUCUCUUCUGGGAUAGUCAUAACGAUCAAAUUCUUGUUUUCCUUUUCUCAGCAUCCACCUCCAGCUUUAGACAUGGCAAAUGCAAGAAUUGAUAUAUAUAUAGUGUUGACAUAAUGGCAUUAAUCCACCCCAUUCAAAACAACUUUAGCUCUGAUAAAACUUUCUAGUGGUUUAACAAUUUCUGCUCAACUGUGAAAAAAAUAAAACAAACUUUCGUUUGUUUUGUUAAAUUGGCAUAUUUUAGACUCUUCAAAUUAUUCUACAGCUUUGAAUUUACAUUGUCCUAUGCUGUCAUUAAACUAAUUUUAUCUCAUGCUGUCCUGAGAUCUUCCAAGAUAGGGCAGAUAAUAAAUGUUAAUGAACAAACUUCCAGUGACACUCUCACAAAAUGUUUCAACAUAAAUGAAUGUGAGCAAAGCUAUUGUGCCAGGCCUUGAACUUAUGACAUACAGUGGACAUUACACUGUAAAAUAUACAAAAAUGGUACUUCAAGCAAUAAUGUCAAAAUGGCUCAAACUGCAAAGAUUACUUUUUAAGUAAACAAAUUUCAGCAUCUUGUCUAUUUUUUAUUUAUUUAUUUAUUUUGCUAAUAGGAACAAAAUA